UCUUUAACACAGCUCCACACAUUAGAUCAGUCUGAGGACGAGUUCGGGCAGAGCGGAUGAAGUCUAGGGAAGCUGGAGCUCACAUAGACAGUGGUCACCUUAACACAUCUGACUUUACAUGUACACAAUUUGGAUCAUCCUCUGCAUCAGUAGUAGUAAAACAAAUGUUGUAUAACCAGAUUGUUAAAUAAUAGGCUUGUUCCUGCUCAUUUUGCCACAACUGUAGAAGAUAAAUUCAGACUUGUAUCAUGAGAUAAAUCCCUGAGUCAUAAAGACUUAUUGUAUAUUAGUCUGUCAGGAGCCGUCCUGCAGGAUUAAUUUGAACCUGCUUCACUGAGUUUAUUUUGUUGACCAACACUCCUGUCCCUGAAAGUCUGAAUCUUUACUUGAGGUUUUAUAUUGAGUUAUUUGGAUUUAUGUCUACUGGUUAAUUCAAAAUGAAAAAACAAACAGUUUCUCAGAAUAACAACGUUGUCACUCAUCAGAGUAACUCAGUACAGUUACUGUACCUGAAUAAAAACUGUAGGUGCUUGUAGUUUUCUACUGUACUUCUCAGUCAGUGAUGUGAUGUUCCUCCACUUCUACCAGUCAGCCUCAGUCAAACGUCUGUGUUUACGUCUUCCUCCUCCAGUCCAGCAGAGCUCGCUGUUCGCUGUCGUCGCUUCGCUCUCCUCUGAGCGAACUGUCGUCGACGCGGAACUCGGUGUCUCUGUUUACCUCCCCGCUGCCUCUCUUUGUUCGCUGGAAGCUCAAGUUGCGCAGAAAAGGGGUAAAAUGUGCGCUGUGCAGCUGCUGCGGGUGUCGGUCCAUGAGCGGAUGAGCGCUGCCGCUGAAGACUUUCUCCUACAGGUGGAGAAAAGAGAAGAACCGGCUGAAGUCCCGGCGCUGAGAGCGCUGCUCACCGAGCGGCUAACGGCGGCGGCGGAGGAGAUCGUCGGUCUGUUUGAGGAAACCGUGGCGGAGUACGAAGACAGAGUGGAGCGGUCGGAGCGAGAGAUCUGCCGCCAGAGGAGGCUGCUCGAUGCUGUGCUGAAGCCCGAAGUCAAACUGCACAGAGCAGACGUCCAGCAACUGCUGGUGAGUAAAGAGGAGCAGCAGGAGUGGAGCUCCAGUCUGGACCAGGAGGACCAGGAGGACCCAGAGGCCCCUCACAUUAAAGAGGAACAGGAGGAACUCUGGACCAGUCAGGAGGGAGAGCAGCUUCAAGGACUGGAGGAGGCUGAUAUCACCAAGUUCACAUUCACUCCUGUCCCUGUGAAGAGUGAAGAUGAUGAUGAUGAUGAUGAUGAUGAUGAUGAUGAUGAUGAUGAAGAGAAACCUCAGUCCUCACAGCUUCAUCAGAGUCAGACUGAGGAGAACAGAGACUUAGUGGGAGGAGAGGACUGUGGAGGACCAGGACCAGCCAGGAACUUAAAUCCAGCUGGUCACUCACAGCCAGUUAUUGAUUACAAGGCUACAGAAUUAUCUGUAGCAGAGAUUGAAGUCAGUUGUGAUGAUUGGGAGGAGACGAGCGAAUGUCACUCAGGUUUGAACUCUGUGGAAAGUAAAGACGACCCUGUAAGCGAUGUUAGAUGUAAUCCUCCCGACAAACCGUUUAGCUGCCCUGAGUGUGGCAAAAAAUUUACAAAAAGUGGAUUUCUGGAGACACACAUGAGAAUCCACACAGGGGAGAAACCAUUUAGUUGCUCAGUUUGUGGAAAGAAAUAUACAAGAAAGGGAUAUCUGAUACAACACAUGGCUGUCCACAGAGGGGAAAAGCGACAGAGCUGCAGGAUUUGUAACAAAAGAUUUGUUUGGCACUCAGGAGUGGAGUGUCAUAAGUGUGUCACAGGGAUCUCGCAGCUACAUCUCACCUCUUCACCUGCUGCCGGUAUGAGAUGUAACACUGGUGGCAAAUCAUCGAGCGUCACUGAGUGUGAUAAAAGACUUUGCUACAGUCAUCAUCUGAAGAAAGACAUGGGGGCUCACACAGAGGAGAAUCUGUUCAGUUGCUCAGUUUGUGGUAGAAAGUUCACACAGAGGGGAUAUCUGAUACAACACAUGGCACGACACACAGGGAAGGUACGAUUCCGCUGCUGUGUUUGUGACAAAAAAUUUGCUUGGCGUCAUGAGCUCAAAAACCACAAAUGUGGCGGUGAGUCCUCGCAGCUUCAUCAGAAUCAAACUGAGGAGAAGAGAGAGGCAGAGCCUCCAGCCGGCGGCUCGACUGAACAGAGGAAAACAGCAGCUGAUGGAGAGGAUGGUCGAGGAUCUGAUACUGAUGACAAGACUUCAGACUCUUCUGUAUCUGAGACUGAAACCAGAGAUGAUCACUGGAAGGACAGCAGGGAACCUCCCCCAGGUUUAGAUUCUGUGGGAAAUAGUGAUGCCCCUGUGAGCACUGUGGUUAGUAGCACUGACAAGAAGUCGUUUAUCUGCUCUGAGUGUGGUAAAGCUUUCUGCGGUGAGGAAAAUCUGAAGAUGCAUAUGAGAACUCACACCGGAGAGAAACCAUUCGGCUGUUCAUUUUGUGACCAAGGAUUUACACAAAAAGGAUAUUUGACAAACCAUAUGGAAGUCCACACGGAGGAGAAACGCUUCCUUUACUGUGUGUGUGGCAAAAGAUUCGCUUGGCGUUAUAACCUCAAAGACCAUAAGUGUGUUGGCGAGGCCUCACAGCUUCAUCAGAGUCAGGCUGAGGAGGAGAGAGAGGCAGAGCCUCCAGCCAGCAGCUCAAACACUUCAGACACCUCUAAGCUUCAGGCUGACGUCAGUGAUGAUAGUUGUAAGGAGACCAGGGACCAUCAAUCAAGUUUAAACUCUCUAAACAUUAAUGAAGUGCUUGAAGGUGACACAACAAGCGAUGAUGUGGAGAGACCGUUCAGCUGCUCUCAGUGCGGUAAAAAAUUUCGCCGCAAGAAAAAUCUUCAGGAACACAUGAGGAUUCACACGGGAGAAAAGCCCUACGGCUGCUCAGUGUGUAUGAAAUAUUUUUCAUGCAGCGGAUCAUUACGAAAACACCUGAGAAUCCACACCGGAGAGAAACCUUUCAGCUGCUCGGUGUGUGGGAACCGUUUUACCGAAAGUGGACAUCUGAAGGUGCACAUGCGAACACAUACAGGAGAGAAACCGUUCAGUUGUUCAGUUUGUGGUAAAAGCUUCACCUGGAGGCAAAGCUUCAAUAAUCACAUGAAAUAUCACACAGACACAACUAGACAAAUGAACUAGAGACACAUUGUGAUUUUCCCAGGAGGAAAGCCAAACUCUUCCAUGCAGAGUUGUGUUUAUAGAUGCAGCCAAAUCUAAACACUUCUCAUUCACUACUCGUGUCAAUGUAAAGUCAAGUAGGGGAGAAAAGCUACUGCUGCGCUGCUCUUUGGCUCAAACUCUGAUUCAUCAUUUCAAUGUAAUUUCCAUUUCAAACAGAAAAGUUCACAGUUCAAGUGUAAAACUCUCUUGAACUUGAGAGAGAAGUUAAGGAGCUGCACGGAUCUGGCCAAUCACUGAGGGAAGGGGAGUGAUUAUUGGAUCGUCCAAUCAAAGAAGAACUUUGGUUGAUGCCGAGACCUGUAGCGUCUCUGAAAUGUACUGAAGCAAGAAAAUCUAAACUGUCUUCAAACACCUGUGCCUUAUUUAUGUCAGCAAACUGAAAGUGAAGUGAAGCUGAGAAGAGUCCUGAAAUAAUCUGCAGACGGAUGACAGUUCACGGCAUCAAGACAAAUCAUGAACUUAUGAACCGUGGUGUUGCCACAUGGUCUGAGGUCACAUGACACAGCAGCAGAACAAUAGCAUUGCCAAAUUAUUUCUGAAAAGUAGAGGUGGGCACAAUGAAGGGACUCUUCUUCUACAGUGUAAAAUAUGUAUUUUUAUGCCACAGUAUUUAUUUAUAUCCAAGAUUAUUUCGAGAAGAAAGGUGCAUUUUAUAGAUAAAGUAAAAAGAUGGGAGUGUCUGAUAAAUAUCUAACAUUUUAUCAGACUGAUUCAACAAUAAUGUAAAUCUGAAAAUACAAUAAAAGUAUUUUCUGUAUAGAUACCGUGAUAUAAACAAGGGUUAAUAAAAUCCUGUUGUCUCAGUAUGUAAUGAUGUAUUGCCCAAUAUUCACAUUCAUUGAAUAGGAUUUUGUUUUUUAUAACAGUGGUGAAUAUAUUAUAUAAUCUUGUCUGUUUCAUGAGUAGUAUGAUGAUUAUAUUUUCUUUGUACUGUAUGAUACAUGGAUCAGCCCGUCAGGUAUUUGAAUGUACUGAAUCUGCAUUGUAACUAACAAGAAAGAUGAUAAAACAUAAUCAUGAAGGUUAGUUUAUCGUUUCAAUCAGUAAAGUUUAUUACAGAAAAAGAACCUGGUCUUAUUUUAUUCUGCAUUUCUACAUAAAAACUACCCAGAGAUGUCCUGGUACUUUAUA